AUGUCUUGCUGUGGUACCUCGCGUUCCCCUGUCGACCGCAAUAGCGCGCAGGCACCAUUGAGCCCACACCCGAUCAGCCAUCAGCCAAGUCCACAUCCAGGUGCGGUGUUUCCCGAGAAAACGCAAUGGUCGCAACAAUCCUCGAUACCCUCACCGCCACUUGCUCACCCCUACAAUUCUCUCAAUGGCCACCAUUCCCCAAAACCCCAUUCAUUUGUAUCUGGAGGCUCCAAUUCACCGCCACUCAUGCAACAGCAAUUCACUUCGUUCACCCAUGAUCCGUAUGAUCAAAGUUCCUUGACGAAACCAAAUCCUUCGUACGUCGGAGGGUCGCUGGGCAUGCUCUCGCCUACGUUUGGAAUCACGUCUGUAACACCAUCUGUAUCUGGUGAAUUCAGCCCUCUCUCGGACGAAGGAAAGAUGUCAAUAUCUAUUGAUUUUGGGACAACGUUCUCGGGUGUGGCCUAUGGGUCAUCUCGUAUAGCUGCUGGCAAAGUCCAACAGAUUUUGCAUUGGCCGGGAUCGCUCGAAACUUUCAGAAAGGUUCCCACAUGUCUCCUUUAUGACGACCGAGGACAGGUUCUUGCGUGGGGCUUGGAGGCCAAGAAUGCGAGUCCAGUACCUGGCUCGACCAAAUGUGAAUGGUUCAAACUUUUCCUUGAGCCCCACGCCUUGCGGGAUGAAUCUGCAAUUGACCCACGGCUUCCGCAACUUCCCCCUGGGAAGCGAGCUGUUGACCUUAUAAUCGACUUCCUCUUUUUUCUAUGGGAGUAUGCGAAAGAACAAAUCACUCGCGAAAUCGGCAUUGUAGCGGAUCUUGAUUCGGCCGACGUUUGGCUCACCGUUCCCGCUGCUUGGGAUGCCAAAGGCUGUGAACUGAUGCGUGAAGCUGCCAUUGCCGCUGGAUUAGUGCACUCAUCUCGAGCCGGUGACAGCAAUUGGCGAGACCGCUUAAGGAUCAUCACUGAGCCCGAGGCUGCCGCGGUGCAUUGCGCUCAUCUUACAGACUUACACAAGCUCAAACCUAGUCAAACAUUCAUGAUAUGUGAUGCCGGCGGUGGUACCGUUGACCUCGCGGUUUAUAAGAUUAUUGGACAGAUGCAAAGCUUGGAGAUUGCAGAAAUGUGUGCCCGGUCAGGCGCCAAUUGUGGCUCGUUGUUUCUGGACUUGAGAUUCCGCGAACUGGUCAAGACGUUACUGGCCGAUCACCCUGCUCAUCUCGAUGCGGCAUCGUUAGCAUACUUCAUGCAUUCAUUUAGUGAAACCGAUAAGCUUGCGUAUAUGGGCGAAAGUGAUGACGAUAAAAUGUUCAACUUCACAUGCUUCAACGUUGACGACCCUGAUGACCCUAGCGUAGGUCUGAUUAACGGCGAACUGUCUAUCCCAGGCAACCUGCUCCGCCGCGAGGUCUUUGACCCUGUCGUGAAUCAGGUGUUAGAUUUAAUUGAAGAGCAGAUGAGGAAGAUCGAUCAGCGAGUAGAUGCCCUUUUACUCGUGGGAGGCUUCUCAGGGAGUGAAUAUCUAUUCAAACAAGUAGAUGAUCACUUUGGUUCAAGGGUCAAGAUCAUGGCUCGGCCCUCUGACGCUGAUACCGCUACGGCACGAGGCGCCGCACAGUAUGGUCUGGCUCGCAGGCCUCUGGUCUCUUCCGUUGUAGCCCCGCGGUCAUACAUCAUGAAGGUCAAACUUCCCGCGGAUCCAGAAGAUUUGAUGAAGCGCCCGGCCUACAUCAGUCAGAACAACGCGGGCGUCCCUAUUUGCGAGAAUAGACUGCAGUAUCUCGUUGCAAAAGGGGCAAUACUUAGAAAGGGGCAGAAAGUCAGGACAAAGUUUUGCAAGUUUUCCCAAACAAGUCAAGAUCGCAUCUUCGUGGCCACGCUCUAUAUUUCCGACAGCGAUAAGAUUAUGCGGUACACGGACGAGGGUGAGACGGAGGAACUUUGCAAAUGGACCGUCGAUAUUGGCUCCCUGCCAAGUUUUCAGGAAAACUCGAGCAUGCCGACGCCGAAUGGGUUUUACACGGAUUUUGAGCUGGGGUUGGAACUCGACAGCGCCGAAGUCCGAGGAAUUCUCCUAUACAACGGAGAAGAGUGGGGCCGGGUCACGUUUGAUUUUAUCGGUGGACGUUAG